AUGGCUCCCACUUCUGAUCACGCCGAUAGUGGUAGCCGAUACCGAACAAGGAGGACACUCCAGCUUCAUCGCGACAAUGCCACCGAUCUAGGCGCUUCGCGAUCUCGUUCGCGAUCGCGCUCAGGAAGAAUACCGGCGAGGAUAUCCAGCAUACCCUUAUCCAGCAGACAGCGCGGCAGAUCAAUCUUCUGCCGGGCGUACCCAUUCGCGCUAUCUAAGCAAACAAUUCUCGUCAUGCUGCUGGCUUUGGUCAACAUCCUCCUUUCUUGGUUCGGACCCGGCGUCUUCUCAUAUCCUGGACCACUUGUUCGCUCUAUUGCAAAACAAGUCUGGACGCCGAGCGACUCUAACAUGGCUGAAGUCAGGCAUGACUUGUGCCAAGUACCUCUGGUGCCGAGGGUUUUGCAUUGUGACGAGUUAACUGAAAAGGAGAAGCUAUCGCGGCUGAAUUCGAUUGAAAAUGUCAUUCCAAGCAUUGCUUUCGCUUUGUCGGAGAAUCCAGAUGCCGUGGACAGCAUAUUCGACUUGCUCGAGGAUAUCAGAAACGAGCUUGCUUUGAUGCGUCAUGAUAUAGAGGUGAUAGAGUCCGCAGAACUCAAUGCACCCAUCCCAAUACGAUCCAAGGAAACUCAAUCCACUAUGGUAACUGUUCGACUCCUUAACGCGACUGCGGUUCGAUUCCAGAGCGACUUGGUGGGCUAUGAUGCAUUCAGGGAUUGGUUGCUCGAGAACAUGUACCUGAGGCUCCGCGCUCUCGAUCCUCAGCUCGUGUAUGACGCAGAUCAGAUGGUGGAUCCUGAUUACACUGACGAGGACACUUCGAGUCGGCCAUUACUGACGACUGUGUCCGACGAUCUUUCACAUUUUAUAGCCGUGCUGGAAAGGAUAGAACAUGUCAACCGCAGCGGUCCAGCAGCUGUCGUUGCUCAAACGAUUCAUACUCUGGUCCUUGCCCUCAAGCGCUUUCCCCCACCUCGAAAAAAGCGCCGAAUCAAUCAAAAGGCCCAGCGACAACGCAAAAAAACUGCGCAAGGAACUCCUGCUAGCCAAAAUCCAGGCCGUUCAUCCUCUCCUCCAGGCCAUUCGCGCUUCUCUUUCAAAAGCACACGAGGCGGCAAAAACUGCCUAUUCCCUUGUGAGACAUGA